AUGGCCUACUCAAUGUGUCUUAACGUUCUUGAUUCAGUCCGACAUUGCAAUCCAACAGCAUUGCUCCCAUCUAAGAAACGGCCUGUCUCACAUGUAACAAAAGGAAAUCGUGAUGUUCCUUGUCCAUUCCAAAGCAUGGCCCUUGAAGAAAACUCAGGUGACUCCACUAUUGUUCGACGAUCAGGAAAUUUCCAUCCUACCAUCUGGCAUGAUGAUUACAUCCAGUCAUUAAAAAGUGAAUAUGUGGGGGAGUCAUACACUAGAAAAAUUGAUAACUUGAAGGAAGAAGUGACAAAGAUGUUACACAAAAUGGUGGAUCCUCUAAAGCAGGUCGAGAUGAUUGAUAUCUUGCAAAGACUUGGAGUAUCUUACCACUUUGAAGAUGAAAUAACGAGGAUAUUGGACAAAAUACACAAUACUCAUUAUGGAGGUGGAGUUUGCAAGGAGAAGAGUUUAUAUGCCACAGCUCUCGAAUUCAGAUUGCUAAGACAAAAGAGAUAUAAUGUACCUCAAGAGGUUUUCAAGAGUUUUACCAAUGAAAAGGGGAAUUUCUAUGAAUGUAUUUGUGAUGAUCCGAAAGGAAUGCUGGCUUUGUACGAAGCCUCAUUCCUCUUGAUAGAAGGUGAAAGCCUCUUAGAGGAAGCAAGAGAUUUUGCAAGCAAACAUCUUAAAGAUUAUGUGGAGAAAAGCAAAGAUCAAAAUCUGCGUACUAUGGUGAACCAUGCCUUAGAGCUUCCAUUACAUUGGAGGAUGAUAAGAUUGGAAGUAAGGUGGUUCAUUGAUGAAUAUAGAAGUAGAGCAGAUAUGAACCCCGUCUUACUUCAGCUUGCAGAAUUGGAUUUCAACAUGGUACAAGCAGUCCACCAAGAAGAUCUAAAAGCAGCUUCAAGGUAA